AUGCCCCAUACCAUCGAAAGGGUUAGAAACGGUCACACUGGUAGGAAAGAGCUUAGAACACAGCCGUACACUCGAGAGGUUAAUAGGUUACUAGAUAAUAACCAAUUAAAUGAAGUAAACAUACAAGAGCCGGUGUUUUCAUAUAAUGCUGGGAUCAUGGUCACAACCCCCGACUUAAGCCUUAAAUGCUUCAUUAAUAAAACAGAAGAUACCACCCAGGCCAAACAUAUAACAGAAAUGCAUAUAAUGAAGUAUUAUAGGUCACAUUACCAUAUAUAUACAGACGGUAGCAAAAAUCCCAGCGAAAAUAAAGCUGGCGCGGCCUUUGUUGUCUUUGAUCCCUAUAGCAAAGAAAUUUGCUCGUCGGCUCUCAAAUUAGACCCAAGGGUCUCCAUAUUCACGUGUGAGGCAACAGCCAUCCAACAUGCACUGAAAUGGAUACCCGAAAACAUGCCCAGAAACAUAGCUAUAUUUACAGAUAGUUUGUCUGUAUUACAAUCAAUAAAUACAGGCAGGUCACACUCAAGAUCUGAUAUAAUAGUUGACAUUAUUCAUAAAAUCAGCCAUCUCAGUAAAAUAGGUAUACAUGUUUCCCUAAUAUGGGUCCCGAGUCACGUAGGCAUUAUGGGAAACGAAAGGGUCGAUCAACUAGCAAAGCAAGGGUCCGAAAAUGGAGCCCCAAAACAGGUCAAAUUAGCAGUAUCUGACGUUAAUAGCAUAAUAAAGGCCAAAUCAAGGGAGUUUUUUAGACAGAGAUGGCUACAACAAGACACAAUGCGCUGCGCCCUCUCUGAACAUAUCCCCAGUAAGAUGCAAAUUUAUAGCACAAACACCGGCCAUGAUAAGAUCAUUACCAGAUUAAGGCUGGGGCGGAACGGUCUGGGCUGGGAGAACUACUCAGAUAAACAUCUAUGCCCACACUGUACAGAAUACGAAACAUUCAACCACGUAUUCUUUGACAUACACAAAGAGUGUACACGAAAUGCAGAACACAGAUUGGAACUUGAAUGUGGACUCCUGAAACUCGGGUUGGUCUGUAUAGACAGAAAGACACUCCUCUUCCCUCCAAAGGAAGUCGAGCAGCAGGUCUACAGCCUCCUAAUACAUUUCAUCACGAAAAUAGGUUACUUGAACAGAAUAUAA